AUGGCCACCCUCUUGGAAGAGUGUCGAGUGGCUCUAGAGUCUGAGGCUGACAACUCUAGCCAGCCACGGCUGAUCUUGACUGUUGCGGCUCAUUACUCACUUGCAGAUUUUGUGCCUGUUGAUCCGUCUGUUUCUUUACCAGUGGAAUCAAUGCAAAACAACUUGGACUGGUCAAAUAUUGUGGCUUAUCACUACUACUCACCAUUUUCUGGCAAAUUUUACGCUCCCUGUUGCAGCUUUGCAUGGAUUGCUAGGGGAUUGUCUGCAAACAAGUUGGUUUUGGGAUUGCCUUUCUUUGGCUACAUGUGGACGCUUAAGAAUUCCCAGGACAAUGGUAUAGGUGCACCAGUCACUGGUCUAGUAGCCAAUGACACAGACACUAUUGAGAAAGGAAGUCUUGCCUACAAGGAUAUCAAGCGACAUUACAUUCAGACAAAUAGCUCUGCCUUAACGUACAAUGCUAAUUUUGUAGUAAAUUACUGCAUAAUUAGAUCCAAUUGGAUUACUUUUGAUGAUGUUGAGGCUGUCCAAAAUAAGGUUUUAUAUGCAAUCGGCCUUGAGUAA